AUGUAGCAACACUAUUCCCAACAAAUUAUACCUUAACCUUAUCAAUAAUCUUAGAGAAAUGCUUCUAAUUCUCCUCAUUAAAGAGUUAUUCCUGCUUAACCCUUUACACCAACCUAAAGUUAACCAUAAUAAAAAUAUGAAUAUGAAAAUGAUAUCUACUACUAAACAGAUACGAGACUUAAAAAUAGAUAAUCGAGCAAUCUUCCUAAUGGAUAAUCUUAUGAAAAUAUGGUCUUAAGAAUCUAAACUUUAGAGAAAGAGAAUUAGAAUCUCAAAAAAUAACUUGAAAAUGCUAAUAACCAAAUUCAAAUCUUAAACUAGAAGGUUAAUCAACAUCCAAAUCAAAGUCUUCUAAAAACAACCACUUUUGAACUCGUUGUUCUUUAAAAAGCAAUAGAAUAAUUAGAAGGAUUGAAGAAUGGAUUAGCCAAAAAAAAGUUAUUAACAAGUAACAAUCAAACUACUCUUCCUGAAUCUUAAAAAGAUGUUACUAGUGAAUUUAAGAGUAAAGUAACAUUAGUAGAGGAUAGACUAAAUUAAUCAGUUUAACAAUCAUAAGUAAAUAUAUUAAAUAUACACAUCAUAGGCUAAAUUAUUAUUCCCAAAAGAACAAUGUGUCUAAAAUUAAUAAUCUAAUCCACCCUCAAAAGAAGAAACUAAAGAAGAACCAAGAUAAGGUAGAAGAGUGCUAGCAAGUACAUAAUCUGAUAAGGUUGAAGAUAGAACCAAAACUAGUCCCAUAAAAUAUUUGAAUGUGAAAGCUAAUGCUAAUUAGAUUUCUUUGAGAAUAUCUCCUAAAGGAAGGUCAGAAAUAUCAUAAAAUUGA